AGUGACAUUUUGAAUUGUGUCUAUGAUGACAUUUAUUACAAUGUAACUCAACAAUCAGAAGACAAUGAAAGUUUCGGAAAUGAAAUGGUUAAAUGCUACGUUCCACACGAGACGGCGUCCACAUGCAAUAAUCAUCAGAACCAGCCUGAGGCUCCCGUCACCAUUCAAGCAAAGUCCAUGACGCCACGCAAGAGGCCCAAGAAUAACAGUAAGUUGGAAACUUCUUUUCGACAGGUCAUGAUGAAGCCUAGUGCUGGCGUGAAGAAAAAAUUUCUUAAGACUACUGUAGGACAGACAGAUCAUGUCAUUUCCACAAUCAUUAAGACUUUAGGCGUGAACAAAUCUUCAAAUGAUCAAAGUGUCCAUAAGAAACGUGCUUCCAGGAAAAAUAGUGUCCCUGUCAGGUGCAGUCCAAGGAAGAAAUCUUCAGUCGAGUAUUAUUCAUCCUCUAGGAGUCUUAAUUCAACCAACAAAGUUGAGAAAAAUAAAGCAAUUAAAGAAAAAACUAGGUGCUCUCUUUCGGAUGUUUUGAAAAAGAAACUUCGAAGUGCCAUUGCAUCUGCUUUAGAAUCGAAUGGGGUGAAUAUCGAAGAUGUUAUUUUCAAGCCCUGCUUUAAAAGGCUUUUUACCAUUUGCCAAGUAUUUGUACAGGAUAUUCAGGGUGAUCCUCGCAAAUUAGGCACAAGUCAAUGCAUUCAAGAAAUUGCAGAAGAACAUGUUAAACAAGUCAUAAAAUAUGAGAAAAAGAAAAUGAAAUGACAUUUUACAUAUCAUCUUGUAAAUCUCAUGCAUUAUUGUAUAUAGAAUCUUUAAAUUACUACUGAAUAUGAAAUAUAUUUUUAAUAAAAUUAAAUAUAG